UCAGGAAGUUCAGAGAGGCCAAUUGGUACAGUUCUGUGGGAUUACCAGAACUGUAUUCCCCUCUCUCAGAUUCCCACCAGAGACAAGCCUGUUCUUCUCUUGACCCCUGUCGUGGUGCCCCCGGCGGGAAAUAAUCCAACAGAUGACAGAGAUCCCUUUGAGAUCCUCGGACAAACGAUUUCCGGUCGAAAUAUCCCGAUACGCCAUGUUCCAUAUACCAAGGCCAAAGGAAUUACCGGCGUUCAUGUGGCGUUUAUUAAAAGAGCAAGGGCUGUGAUCUUUGUAAUCACUCAUUUGGCCGGCGCCGAUAACCUGCUUCAGUUGGAAUUGGCUGAGCUUGUGGCACGAAUAUGUGAAUCACGGCCGCUCAUACUUCUUGUUUGCUGUAAUUUGGCAAGCCGAAACAUUUCUAACACUCGCUUCCGGACCUUGGUGCACAUCGCUGGAUAUACCAAUGCCGACUUGCUAGUUGCAGCCACUUUGCUGCUCGACAGUAUCGUCGCCCAAGCUAGAGUAGAUGCCGAGCCUGGGUGGUUAGUACAAUCCUGGGUGGCUGAGCGAGACUUGGUGGAAACAUGCGCCCUCUGGCAGGCAUGUCUUCCUUACAAAUUUUAUCUCAGCCCAUCUACUCUCGAGUCUCUCUUAAAGAGAGACGGAUAUGCAUUGCAUUAUGUCGUACGAGAGUCGACGCGGGGUUCCUUGAUCGGUUUUUGUGCAGCUUACGCUACCUUUGCAGACAGCUCCGAUGUUGCUCUGAUAGGCUCCAUCGCCGCCAUCAUUGUGCAACCUGCUUACAGGAGGCAGGGGGUUGGUUCCGCGCUCUACGAUGCUGCAAUGACUAGGCUGGGCAGAGUGAGAGGCAUUCAGAAACUUCACCUAGGAUCGACGUUUCCACGACUGCUCUGUGGCUUUACGGCCGAGAUGGCUGAUGCGAGCCAUUGGUUCGCAAGGAAAGGUUGGCCUGUCAACACGCAAUGGCGCGAAGACCAGGGUGGCCUUGUCGCGGACUGGAUCCUCAAUUUUAUGGACUUGACAGGCGUCAUGAUUCCUUAUUCUGGCCUAGGAUACAGGCGUUGCUAUGAAUCGGAUGCGCAGCAGGUGCUGGAUAUUGAACAUCGGCCACCAGCGACAACUAGUUACGGCUUUGGCUGGUAUGACCAAUAUGCACGGACUAUACAGAGCGAACAUAUAGGCGAUAUUGUCGUCGGUGUUGACCGUGAUACAAUAGUAGCUACGGCCAUCACCUACAUUCCAGGCCAGCAAAGUCCAGCGGCAACAGAUAUCCCAUGGCCGGGAUCAUUGAAUGGCGGUGUUGGCGGAGUAACAUGCAUUUGUAUUAGAGGUAGGCUC